GGUUAAUUGACUAAACAUGCGGUUGGUAAGGGAUGAUCCAGGAUUACCGCUUUACAACACAACAUCUCCGAAAGGUCACACGUUUCGACGGAUAAGAGCUCGAGCUCGGCACUGGUUUUCAACAAGGAAUACGCCGACGAAAGCUUGUAUAAUCUUUACAAUUCUUCUAUCAAUUUUCGUAUUAAUAACAAUAUGUAGUCAAGGUGAAGCAAAAAGAGAACAGCCGAUAGUUGAAAACCCAGAGAUCAUCAUCAACGAACAAGUAAUCGCAGGACAAAAAACUAAACAUUCCAAAGAAGAAUCCGCGGAAAAUUUGAAACCCGUGCACGAUAUUGAUCGACAAAUUGUGGAAGAUGAAAUGGAUGCACCGGAGACUGGCGGAGGCAAUGAAAAAAUUGUCAAGUUUACAGGACCAACAAACGAUAGGCAAAAAGCUGUUGUAAAAGCUUUCCAACAUGCGUGGAUAGGUUACAAAAAGUACGCAUGGGGACAUGACACUUUGAAGCCGGUUAGCAAAUCAUACUCGGAUUGGUUCGACACUGGACUCACUAUUGUUGAUGGACUCGAUACCGCAAUUAUUAUGGGACUUGAAGAUGAGGCCACCGAAGCAACAGAAUGGAUUCAAAAUACGUUGACUUUUGAAAAAGAUAGAAUGGUCAACUUCUUUGAGUGCACGAUUCGAGUGUUAGGAGGAAUGAUGAGUGCCUUCCAUCUCACCGGAAAAAAAAUGUUCCUGGAAAAAUCGGUAGAUCUAGGCGAUCGCCUCCUUUCUGCAUUCAAAUCACCAUCUCCAAUUCCAUACAGUGAUGUCAACCUGUUGAAAAGAACUGCCACAAAUCCACAAUGGGGCGCUGAUUCUUCACUCUCGGAGGUCACAACUGUCCAAUUGGAGUAUCGAGCUCUUUCCAGAGCCAGUGGAAAUUCUACUUAUGAGGAUUUAACAUUUAAUGUUUUCAAACACAUUCAUAAGAUUGGGUGUGAAACUCACGAAGGAUUAUGUGGAAUGUUCAUUAAUGCAAAUACUGGAAAUUUUAAAAAAGACUCGACAAUUACAUUUGGAGCAAGAUCUGACAGCUUUUAUGAAUACCUGUUCAAGCAAUGGAUUCAGACUGGAAAAACAAUUGAUUGGCUGAAAGAAGAUUAUGGUAAAGCAAUGAAAGCGAUGGAAAAGUAUUUGUACAGAAAUUCGAAGCCUAAUAAAAUGUUUUUCAUUGGAGAACUUCUGAGUGGUCAAACGUACUCUCCUAAAAUGGAUCACCUUGUGUGUUUCAUUGCCGGUACUUUAUCGCAAGGUAGUCAACACGGUUUUCCAAGAAAACAUUUGGAUAUGGCUGAAAAAAUUGGAGAGACUUGCCACAAUAUGUAUGACAAUCCGACUGGCCUGGGACCAGAAAUUGCACAUUUUAACAUGAUUCCCGGGAAGGAAGAUUUAUAUGUCAAGCCACUUGAUGCUCACUGUCUACUUCGUCCCGAAGCAAUUGAAGCAUGGUUUUACUUAUACAGGUUCACAGGAGACAAAAAAUACCAGGAAUGGGGAUGGUCUGCAUUCCAAGCAAUUGAAAAAUAUGCUAGAAUACCCACUGGCGGAUACUCAUCAAUUUCAAAUGUGAAACAAAUUAAUGUACGGUUCAGAGACUCAAUGGAAUCCUUCUUGCUAGGAGAGACUUUCAAAUAUCUAUAUUUGCUGCUUGGAGAUGAUCAAACUGUUUUACCUCUUGAUAAAUGGGUUUUCACUACCGAAGGCCACCCAUUGCCAAUUUAUGAUCAUUAAACUAGGUUUCUCUUCCUUUUUUAAAACUUUUUUUCUCAUCUAGUCUUGUUCUUUUAAAUUGUUUCUGGUGUUAAAUUUGUUUUUAAAAAUAUGUCGAAAUUUAAGUUUGUCUUAUAUUAAGAUACAUUUGGGUAUUAAUUUUUUGUUUCGUUAUUUUCUUCUGUUGCUUCCAUCAGAAAUUCCAUUCACUUCUUCGCAGGUUGUCCAGUCCAGUAACAUGUAAUUUAUUGAUAAAACAAUUUGUAAAUAAACAUUUUUGUGACGAAAAA